AUGAAGAUAACUGGUAUCCUUGUUAUUGGCUUUGGUCUUUUGGCAGUAGCUUCGGCUGCUUCCAUUGAUCCAACUUGCAUGUUGAAGGAGCUUGUUAAGACGGACGAACGUAUUCGCAAUAAUGGCUAUCCCUCGGAAUCCCAUUUUGUCACAACUCCCGAUGGUUAUGUUUUGAACUUAUUCCGUAUACCCUAUUCGAAUAAGUUGCAAAACAAGGAUUCUUAUCGCCCCGCCAUUCUGCUGCAGCAUGGUCUAUUCAGUAAUUCCGAUUGUUGGUUAUCUGGUGGCCCCGACAAUGCUUUGGCUUAUUUGUUGGCCGAUGCCGGUUUCGAUGUAUGGCUAGGAAAUGCCCGUGGUAACUUGUACUCUCGCCAGAAUAACCUCAUUUCCAUUAACAGCCCUAAAUUUUGGCAUUUCGAUUGGCAUGAAAUCGGUAGCAUUGAUAUCCCAGCGAUGAUCGAUUACAUCAUUGAACAGACCGGCCAACCUAAAAUCCAUUAUGCCGGCCACUCUCAAGGUACAACGGUGUACUUUGUCAUGAUGUCUGAACGCAAGGAAUACAAUGAGAAAAUUAAAUCGGCCCAUAUGUUGGCCCCAUGCGCCUUCUUUGAACACGGCACUUCAUUUGUAUUCCAAGUGUUCCGUCCUUUGAUCGGUUCACCAGGUGGUAUUUGGAAUCAAGUUUUUGCCGAUAUGGAAUUGAUGCCACAAAAUCGUUUGGUAAAUCGCGCCGCUGACACGGCUUGUGGUUUGGAACCGCCAUUGCAAUUCUUGUGCAAGAAUAUGUGGCUGUUAUUUGCCGGUGAUAGUUAUCAAAACACCAACCUGACUGCUAUGCAAGAAUUGAUUGAAACCCAUCCAGCUGGUUGCUCCAGUAAUCAGGGUAUCCAUUACAUCCAGCUGAGCGAUCACAACGUUGGUCGUUUCUGUCAAAUGGAUUAUGGUGAAAAGAAAAAUCAACAAAUCUAUGGCCAACCCACUCCACCAGAUUAUAAUUUGGACAAUAUUGUUGCACCCACAUAUUUGUAUUCCAGCACCAAUGAUGGCCUUUGCAAUCCCAAGGAUGUUGACACAUUAGUUUCAAAGGUCAAGAAUUUGGCUGGUGAUUAUCGGGUGCCCGAUCAAACUUUCAAUCAUUUGGACUUUAUUGUGGCCAAGAAUAUGCGAGAAAUGGUCAAUGAACCAGUUAUGAGAAAUAUUUUCAAACAUGAAGACGGUUUGUAUUGAAAG